AAUUGGUUGAUAUUGUUGACUUUGAGAUGUUCGGAGAAGAAAUUCGUCACAGUAGAGGGUAUUAUGACCUGGCGUAUCGAAAUUGAUGGCCACAAAAAAGCCAGUCGUGUCGAAAUCGAUCUUUACAUUUGUGCCAGGAAGUUUGGUAUCAAAGAAGCAAAGGUUGCUUGUCGUCAGCAUGGUAAAUAUUAGGGAAAGCUAGUACAAGGGUGUUCAAUAAGAACUUAUCUCUUCUUUAUCCCUUGAUUAACAUGUUAAUGUUGAGAGCAGUUUUAUCAAUAUCAAUUUAACGACCCUCGUACAUUUUGCUCCAAGGUUUUGAUCCAAGGAAUGCUGCGGUUGACACCUUCUCCCAUUACAGAUGCUUUCAAUUUCCUAUGACAUAUGGCGGCCGGUUUAUUGAUUUCGUUAUGAGUGAUGUCGUCUGCAAUGGUGACGAAUACAAUCUCGCUGACUGCUCAUUUAACCACGGUGACAACGUCUCGUGUCCUACUGAGAGAAGGGCAAGUGUAAUAUGUGAAAAAGUCCCCGUACGACUACAAAGAGACCCAAAUAAAAGAGGGCAAAAUUCAGGAGUAGUUCAGAUCUUUGUUGAUGGUAGGUGGAGAAAGAUAUGCUCUUCAACAUGGGAUGUGAACGGUGCUAAAGUCGUUUGUCAACAACUUGGGCUAGCACACAGAAACGUAUCAACAUAUAAAGGAAACGUUUCAAGAUAUGAAAACCAUAAAGAUCCUUGGGACAAAGAUUACUGGGAGAUGAUUGAUGAUGUACACUGUACUGGUAAUGAGAGACACAUUGGCCAGUGCAACUUCAAUUACAAAAAUAACGAUUUCUCUAAAUAUUUCUGGUGCUUUAAUGAAUGGCAAUCGGAAAAAGCGGGGACUCAUUGGAAAAGAUGCAAUGAUGGAAACGUCGCUGGGGUAAUCUGUGGCUUAAUACGAAGCAAGACAACAAACUUUAUAAAAUAUUUUAUGUAUUUGAUCUUUUAAACAUGUAAAUAAAUACAAUGCUAUUCGAAUGAAA